AUUGCCCCCAUGUUCUUUAAAAGGUGGACUUCAUGCUAGGAUUCCCUCAGAGGUAACAACAAUAUUAGAGGGUUUCUUUCUGGACUCAGCUGGAUAAUAUCUGUUCCAAUUUGUCCUCACCUGUCAUCUUGUGAAUGAAGCACAACACAGGUGGUACCCAGCAGCGGAUUUGCUCAACCUUAGCUCUCCAAAAUCGUAUUAGAUCCUCUCUGUGCAUGGUGACCUGCUCAUCAUAGUAAAUAGUAAAAGAAUGCAGAUCGAUCAAAUUUCAUGUUGUUUAUUGGCAGUCCUGUGUCUCCAUAUCCUGAAUCGCUUUGCUACUCAAGCAAAAGCCCUUGUUCCUACCACCCCACAAAUUCAUGAAUUGACUCCUGACUAUAUAUCUGAUACCUUGGAAGUGAAGUGGUACGAAGGUGGUUCAGCCUUUCCAUAUGAACUGAAUGCCAUCUGGGAAAUUCACAUACUGCAUAAAAAGCCCCUGAAGGAAGCAGCACGAGAUAUCAUUCAGUCUAGGUUGACGGGUACUGAGAAGCUCCUCCACUGGGUGUGGACAUCGGACCUGCCUUUCAAUUGUACUGAUCACUAUGUCAGGAUUCGCUACUGUCUUGUAGACCAUGGGAUAUGUAGUGAAUGGAGUGAACUUGCAAAGAUACCUGGAAAAGAUUCUGGAAUGUAUCCUAUAGACAAGGUGGUACCCAUGGGUACAGACAUGACUUUCUGCUGUGUGUGGAAGCGUGGAGAAAGUAUGACAACCAUCAAUUAUGGUGGAUGCCGAUCAGGGCAUUGUUGGACUGAAACUCUCACUGAACAGAGCAUGGCACUCCAUGCAGAAAAGGUUGCUCUUUCACCAUCAUCUGGAUUUAAUGCUUGGUGCCUAGCAGAGACCACAAAAGACUCCGAUGAAUCAAUUUAUGGAACGGUUCUGUUCGUGGGCUAUCCACCUGAUGUUCCAAAAAAAUUAGAUUGCACAGCUCAGAAUUCUGAGGAAAUAAUGUGCCAGUGGCAGGAAGGAAGACGCACAAACUUAUAUGGUACACGGGGAACACACUACUUUUUAAUAGAACAAUUUUCUGGGAAGAAUAUUACAUGUAUACAUGUCAGAAGAGGCCAGCAACAUUUUCAGUGUAAUUUUCCAAUUCUGACAGAUCAGACAAAAUAUCACUUCACGCUCGAGGCCUACAAUAACCUUGGCCAUUCCAAAGCUUCGGUUUUAUUGGAAAUUGACUGACAAGGAAAUGUGAAAGAAAGCUUUAUGGACACUGUGUGGGACUGGGAUAUUUCAGAGAUUAACGUUCAGUAACCAAUCUGCAUUGCCUUUCUAUGGUCUUGCAACUGCAGUGAAGCAGUCUUGGGAAUGGGGUGAAUGGAAGGGUUUGUUUUCUGAUUAAUGGGGUAGGACAUAAUGAAUGGAAUUCUAUUUGCAAUAAUCAUGGAAUAAAUUAUUGAUGCCA